GAUGACGUUGAUCUCAUUUUUGUUGAUUCAGGAACUACGAGGACAUUUCAUCGCUCUAAACAGAGGAAUCUAAUUAAGCUAAAUAUACAAACCUGGCCGGAUCUAUACAUAUCUAUAUUGCAACCAUACACAAACAGGCUGGUGGGCAGUGGCUGUGGAUGGAGGAAUUGCCCAGGUGAGAUGACCGACCAGGGCAACAACAACCAGAACAUCUCCCGAAACCCCUUUGCUGCACUCUUCAGCUCCCUCGCCGAUGCCAAGCAGUUUGCUUCUGGCCAGAAACAACACCAGCAGCCAGACCCACCAUCGGAUGCAUCUGGGGACAGCCAGUCAGAUUCAGACAAUUCAGUGUCUGACAGCAUUGAUGACAAUGACGACUCGGUGGCAGAGAUUAGCCGCUCUUUCCGCUCACGGCAGGAGCUGUGCGAGCAGCUCAAUGUCAACCACAUGAUCCAGCGGAUAUUCCUCAUCACCCUGGACAACAGUGACCCCAGUCUGAAAGGAGGCAAUGGAACCCCACCUCGUUGUGUGUACCUGGAGGAGAUGGCAGCUGACCUUGAUGGACAGGACUGGUUGGACAUGGAUAAUAUCGAGCAGGCCCUGUUCAACAGGCUGCUGCUGCUGGAGCCGGGUAACCACCUGAUCUACAUGACCUCCUGCAGCGUGGCUAACCUGUCCGCUGACCGGCACGCCGGGGAGAAGUGUGCGGUGCCGUACCUGUAUGCAUGCUACCAGAGAGCCAAGGAGGAGGUCACUAAAGUGCCCGAGAAGCUGUUGUCGUACGCCGUUCGCUGUAAGAACCUGACUGUGUCCAACGCUCGCACAGUCCUGCUUACCCCAGAGAUCUACGUUAGUCAGAAUAUUUACGAGCAACUGCUGGACCUGCUGCUGGAAGGAGUCAGUGGAGCACAGCUGGAUGAAGUGGUGGAGUUUAUGGAGGAGGUGAUCGCCGCCCUGUUGACUGAUCAGGAAGUGCGCACCUUUGGGGAGGUGAUGGUGCCGGUGCUGGAAAUCCUGCAUGGCCGUAUGAAGGACCUGGACCUGUGCCAGCUGCUGCUGUACUCCUACCUGGACAUCCUGCUCUACUUCACCCGUCAGAAGGACAUUGCCAAGGUGUUGGUGGAGUACAUUCAGCCCAAGGACCCAAACAGUGGCCUGCAGUACCAGAAGACCCUUUUGGGGACAGCGCUGAGCGUCUCCUGCCUGCUGAAGACCCCUGGAGUGGUGGAGAGUCAUGGCUUCUUCCUCAACCCCUCUCGCUCCAGUCCACAGGAAAUGAAAGUCCAGGAGUCCAACAUUCACCAGUUCAUGGGGCAGUACCACGAGAAGCUGUACCAGAUCCUGAGGAACCUCCUGCAGCAGUCCGGCGACACGCGCCACCUGCUGCUCACCUGGCUGGGCGGCUGCCUGCAGGCCAACGCCGGCCGCGCCAAGAUCUGGGCCAACCAGAUGCCCGAGAUCUUCAUGCAGACGUACGCGUCCGACGCCCUCUUCCUCAACCUGGGCGCCGCCCUGCUGAAGCUGUGCCAGCCCUUCUGUCGCCCCCGCUCCCCCAAGCUGCUGACCUUUAACCCCACCUACUGCGCCCUGAAGGACCUGAGCGAGGAGGAGAGGCGUAACCGCAACGUGCACGCCAGAGGUUUGGAUAAAGAGACCUGCCUGAUUCCUGCCCCUCCUCAGCAUGAUGUAGAGUUUGCACAGUCUUACAGCCUCCUCACUGAGAACCUCAUCCUUACCCAGCUCACUCUACACCUGGGCUUCCACAGACUCCAUGACCAGAUGGUGAAGAUGAACCAGUCCCUGCACAGGCUGCAGGGUUCGUGGCGGGACGCAGGGCACGGUGGGGGCGUGGCCGCCGAGCAACUGCGCGAGCAGUUCGAGCGCCUCAUGACUGUCUACUUGUCGACCAAAGCGGCCGCCACCCAGCCGGGCAUGCUGCAGGGCUGCCUCAACCUCCAGGCCUCCACCGCCGCCCUGCUGGUGCAGCUCAGCCUGAACAACCAGGGCCCCGAGCACGCCCAGCUGUCCUUUCCCCUCCCUCCCCUGCAGCACAGCCUGCUCUGCUACGUUCCAGAGUUCUUUGCGGAGAACAUGGGGGAUUUCUUCAUUUUCCUGCGGCGGUUUGCGGAUGAGGUCUUGGAGUCCUCGGCUGAUAGUCUGGAGCAGGUCCUUAACUUCAUCACAGUGUUCAUGGGAAACGUGGACAGGAUGAAGAACCCACAUUUGCGGGCCAAGCUGGCCGAGGUACUGGAAGCAGUGAUGCCCCACCUGGAACCCGUGUCACCUGGCUUGACACAGCCAAUCAUGUUCCAGCGGCACAGGGUCUUCUGCGAAUAUCCCCACGCCCCUAACCUGGCUGAGGCUCUCAUCACUGUGUUUGUGGACAUCGAGUUCACUGGGGAUCCCCACCAGUUUGAGCAGAAGUUUAACUACCGUCGGCCCAUGUACCCAAUUCUGAAAUACAUGUGGGGGAAGGAUGCCUACAGACAGAGCAUCAAGCAUUUGGCUGAGGAUGCAGCUGAGAAUCUGGAGGCCAUGAAUCCGCCUCUCUUCCUGAGGUUCCUGAACCUGCUGAUGAACGAUGCCAUCUUCCUGCUGGACGAGGCGAUUCAGUACCUCAGUAAGAUCAAGCUCCUGCAGCUGGAGAGAGACCGCGGCGAGUGGGAGGGGCUUGCACCAGACGCCCGGCGCGAGAAGGAGUCCAGCCUGCAGAUGUUUGGCCAGUUGGGGCGCUUCCACAACAUUAUGUCCAACGAAACGAUAGGCACGCUGGCCUUCCUCACAUCUGAGAUUAAGGGGCUGUUUGUCCACCCCUUCCUGGCUGAGAGGAUAAUCUCCAUGCUCAACUACUUCCUGCAGCAUCUGGUGGGGCCCAAGAUGGGUGCCCUGAAAGUGAAGGACUUCAGCGAGUUUGAUUUUAAGCCUCAGCAGCUGGUCUCUGACAUCUGCACCAUCUACCUCCACCUGGGGGAUGAGGAGAAUUUCUGCGCCACUGUGCCAAAAGAUGGCCGCUCCUACUCGCCCACCCUCUUCUCCCAGACCGUGCGUGUACUGAAGAAGAUCAACAAGCCGGGAGACAUGAUUGUGUCCUUCAGUCUCCUGGCAGACAAGAUCAAGUCCCUGGCAGAUCAGCAGCAGCAGGAAGAGGAGACGUACUCGGACGCUCCAGACGAGUUCCUGGACCCGAUCAUGUCCACUGUGAUGCAGGACCCCGUGCUCCUGCCAUCCUCCCAUGUCACUGUUGACCGCUCCACCAUCGCACGCCACCUGCUCAGCGAUCAGACGGAUCCCUUUAACCGCAGCCCGCUCACGAUGGACCAGAUCCGACCCAACGAGGAUCUGAAGCAGCGGAUCCUGCAGUGGCUGGCCGAGCGCAAGCAGGAGCGGCUGCAAAUGGGACCCAGCGGAUAGACGCAAACGGCUUCAGCGCUGCCCCCUGCUGUCCCGUACUAUCCCACAAUGCCCCCUGCUGUCCCGUACUAUCCCACAAUGCCCCCUGCUGUCCCGUACUAUCCCACAAUGCCCCCUGCUGUCCCGU